ACACACUUGAAGCACAAAGAAAUACAGAAUAAAGAGCCUUGUAUUAUCACGAGGCAACAGCUAGAAGAGAAAAGGCUGGCUUUAUAUAAUGGUGAACAUCGAUCAGUUAUAAUCCUAAAUAAUCAAAGCCUGGAAUUUUCCUGUGCUAUUGGUUACACUCCCAUAAAGCCAAGUUUGAGGACAUGUGUGGAUGGGCACACGGAUCUCCCAACCUGUAUCUCAGGGGAAGUAGGAAAAUGUGGACCAUCUCCAUCUAUAAAUAAUGGAGACAUCCUCUCCUUCCCAUUAGCUGAAUAUGCUCCAGAAUCAAGAGUGGAGUACAGAUGUCAAAAAUUUUAUGUGCUACAGGGUUCCCAAUUUGUAAUGUGCAAAAAUGGAUUCUGGACAAAUGAACGAAAAUGUCUAGAGGCAUGUAUAGCAUCAAAAGAAAUGAUGAAGAAAAAUAACGUAGAAUUCAGAUGGGUAGGCUCUGAAAAACUUUAUUCAAGAACAGGAGAAGAAAUUGAAUUUAUUUGCAUGAGGGGAUUUCAUAGAGCUUCAAUAUCACCUCCAUUUAGAGCAAGAUGCCUAGAAGGAAAAAUCAAUUAUCCCAGAUGUAUAUAACAGACCUUUUUCACUGUGCUACAGAAAUAAUGAAGGACAAUGCCAUCAGCUAUAUCUUACCACUGUUUGGAAAUGAUGACUUGGAACAAAUGCUCAGCCUCAAUCUGCAUGAUUUGAUCACUUUCUACUUUGUGAUAAAUGUUUUGAUUUAAUUGUAUUCACACAGUUUGGUCCAUCAUUCAUUCAACUUACUUCUGACUUAAAAAUGUUCAUCUUUUAAACUGUCAAUGGUGAAACAGUUAAGAAAAAGUCACUAUGUA